UACCAUUCAUAACCGUUUUUUAUUUCAAAGAUGUUACAAAAUAUAAUUAAAAUAAACUUUUAUCAUUUCAUUUUAUAGUUGUAUGACCUUAUUUACAAUAUGAAUUAAGCUGAUACACUAAAUUAUUCAUCAGAACAGAAUUACAUGUUAAAGCAUUAUUCUCAUGCAUAAAGUAUCACAUUUUUGUAUUUUAUUUAAUACAAGAGUGAAUUAUUUUGAAUAACAAUGUCAUGCGGUAUUCACAAAGGUAACUAUGAAGGAAGACAUCAAGAAAACAAUUGAGUUUAAAGUGGCUAUUCACAAAAAUAUUGUUCAUAUCAGUCUACCAUGUACAGCAAAGGCAAUAUAUUUACAGCAAGUUGAUAACUCAACAUAUUUUUUAAAUAAUAACAGUAUGGCGCAAAAUUACAUAGCUUUUAGUUUGGAUCUUUGGUAUUACCAUACCAGCUUAAUUCUGAAUUGUAGAGAUUUACCUAUUCCUUUACCAAAGAGUUUUUAUUAUUAAUUAAAUGUAAUGGGACAAUUUGGGACAUUAGGUUUUAUCAAGUAGGUACCUAAUCUGUUGUUGAGGUUCAAUACAUCAGGUAUAUAUUAUUGGAUAAGUUGGAGCAGCAUGUUUGUAUUUCGUUAGUAAAUUGUUACAUCACAAUACACAUUUAAAAAGAUUAAGGCAGUGUUAAGAUAUAAAAGGUUAAAAUUAUUUAACAAAAACCAAUUAAAUAUAAAUAAAAACAAAAUUAUCUACAAAAAUAAUUUACAAGUCACAGACUGCCAUAGUUGUAUGUGGUAAGUAUAGUUUUAAUUUAACAACAUUAGAUACAGUAUCAAAUUUCAAGAUUAUAAAAUAUGUCCAGGCCAUAAUAUUGGUUAUGCAGGCCAUUAUAUAAUUCAUAAGGACUAAAUUCCUUUAUCAAAAUAUCAUAUCAUUACAAGUAUAAAGCAUGAAAAUAGUUUACUAAUUUGGCAUACUAUUGAAUAUAAUUUGUAUUGUUUGAUAUCCAUAAGUAUUUUAUAUUUGUAACUCUCUCAAGUCUGAAAUAAAUACAAUUUAAAUGCAAAAAUUAAUAUUAAAUAGUGGUGUUACAUAAUAACUGUGAUCUACACAAAUGAAGUGCAAUUAGCAAUAAUUAAAUUACAUGAAUAUAACUAAAUUUCUGUUGAUACUGCUAUAUACAAAAUUGAAUCUAAUUUAAAACUAAAAAUGGCAAUAUGUGACUAAAACGCACACAUGUCACAACUUCUCACUUAUGUAAAAAGGCACAAGCAAUCAAAACUAUGGAACAUUAUGGGCACCUUCAAAAUUCAACAUUAGUGGAACA